GGGCGCCGCGCGCGGAGGCUCCCGCGCCUGCCGCUGCGCCCUCCAGCCCCAGCUCCUUGCGCCGGCCCGCGUGGGUCCCGGUGGGCGCGAACCCACCAUGCAGCUGCAGUUCCGGAGCUGGAUGCUGGCUGCGCUCACGCUGCUCGUGGUCUUCCUCAUCUUCGCAGACAUCUCGGAGAUCGAAGAAGAAAUCGGGAAUUCUGGAGGCAGAGGUACAAUCAGAUCAGCUGUGAACAGCUUACAUAGCAAAUCUAAUAGAGCUGAAGUUGUAAUAAAUGGCUCCUCGUCCCCGGCUCUUGUUGACAGAAGUAAUGAAGGCUUUAAGCGCAACAUCCAGCCAGCCUCGGCCAAGUGGAGACACAACCAAACGCUCUCUCUGAGGAUCAGGAAGCAAAUCUUAAAGUUCUUGGAUGCUGAAAAGGACAUUUCUGUCCUCAAGGGGACCCUGAAACCUGGAGAUAUUAUUCAUUACAUCUUCGACCGAGACAGCACAAUGAACGUGUCCCAGAACCUCUAUGAGCUCCUCCCCAGAACCUCUCCACUGAAGAACAAGCACUUCGGGACUUGUGCCAUCGUGGGCAACUCCGGGGUCUUGCUGAACAGCGGCUGCGGGCAGGAGAUUGACACACACAGCUUUGUCAUCAGGUGCAACCUGGCCCCGGUGCAGGAGUACGCCCGGGACGUGGGGCUCAAGACAGACCUGGUGACCAUGAACCCCUCUGUCAUCCAGCGGGCCUUCGAGGACUUGGUCAACGCCACGUGGCGGGAGAAGCUGCUGCAGCGGCUGCACAGCCUCAACGGCAGCAUCCUGUGGAUCCCCGCCUUCAUGGCCAGGGGUGGCAAGGAGCGGGUCGAGUGGGUCAACGAGCUCAUCCUGAAGCACCGCGUCAACGUGCGUACUGCAUACCCCUCUCUGCGCCUGCUGCACGCCGUCCGCGGAUACUGGCUGACUAACAAAGUUCACAUCAAAAGACCCACCACGGGCCUCUUGAUGUACACCCUGGCCACGCGUUUCUGCAACCAGAUCUACCUCUAUGGCUUCUGGCCCUUUCCGCUAGAUCAGAACCAGAACCCCGUCAAGUACCACUAUUACGACAGCCUCAAGUACGGCUACACUUCCCAGGCCGGUCCCCAUACCAUGCCCUUGGAGUUCAAGGCCCUGAAGAACCUGCACGAGCAGGGGGCUUUGAAACUGACUGUCGGCCAGUGCGACGGGGCCACGUAA